AAUGAUCACUUCAGCGCGGCUGGGUUUGCUGAUUUGGAUCCCUCGUCGUCGCGGUGGUGCGACUUGUGUCAUUGCUGUUGCUAGCUAACGACUGGCAGCUAGCAGCGGCAGAUGGCGAACGCAGCUUCUUAAAGAGAACUACUCCACGCCUGUGUCGUCCAGACGGUUGUAAAUGUUGUCUUUUAGUGGCCGUGUGGGCUUGAAAGUGGCGCGGACUCCGAGGUGGACUUACUUGGCAGCUAAGAGGAUCUCAGUCUGGGCGCCGCGCAGCACUUCGCUUCGGUUGUCCUAUCCGCUCCGCCGCGCUCACGCCAUCUUUUUUUUUAUCAACCGCUCAGCCGCAUGCCAGUCACGUGACGUCUAGGCCGCGAGCUGCCGCUGUUGUCGUCGUGAAGAAGAGCAAGUCUCCGGUCGGUGACGGCGAAAGCGGCCGUUGGAUGCUCCACAGGCCGCCCUUAUACGACAAAACGUCAGCAUAAAGGAGAAACGGGGCCCCUUUGAUGCGUUUGGCGCAAACGACAAACAUCGCACAAGUCAACGAGGUAGCCCCGCGUCACGUGACCCAUAGCCAUCCCAUAAGCGGAAGUGAUGUCACUGACGCUUCUUCUUCGUUGGUUCUCCUUCCGCCUCAGCUUUGUGACUGGAAUAGCAGGAAAUCGUAUGCAGUAAACACUGUGUCACCAUUUCAAGCUGCGCUGUGUCGACACCCCAAGUUCAGGAUGACAACACCAUUAACAUGGUGCCGGAGGAGGGAAGACGUUCUCCACCGUGCUCCCAGAAGAACUGCAUCCAGAGGCAGGGAGGUGGCAGGAGAGCAAACGGCAUGGAGACCAAGGUAGAAGGCCAGUGCUCCCCCUGCUGGCCAGAUGAAUGUACAUCCGCUCUGCAGCCCCACGGCGCCAUGAAAAAGCACCCCCAGCUUCCCGGCAGACCUCCUCCCGCCUCUCUGCACAGCAGCAACCCAAAUGACGCCCGCUGGCGCCGCCAGGCAAGGGCAACCUCCGCCAGGAUCAAGGCCAAGACAACCGCCCGAGGCAAGAACUCCCAGAACCGCAAAGUUACAGACUUCUUUCCAAUAAGACGGAGCUCACGUAAAAGUAAAACGGAACUGAAGUGUGAACAGAAGCAGCUCAUAGACCAUCUCAUCACCAACGGAAUAGAGGAAGGAAUGCAGAUGCAGCACAUCGAGGGAAAAGGCAGAGCCGUGUUCGCCGCGCGCAGCUUCCGGAAAGGCGAGUACGUGGUGGAGUACCACGGCGACCUCCUGGAGAUGACGGACGCCAAAAAGCGCGAGGCCGAAUACGCCCAGAACCCGGAAACGGGCUGCUACAUGUACUACUUCCAGUACCUCUGCAAAGCCUACUGCGUGGACGCCACCAAAGAAACGGACCGACUGGGCCGGCUGAUCAACCACAGCAAGAACGGCAACUGCCAGACCAAACUCCACGACAUCGAGGGCGUGCCGCACCUCAUCCUGGUGGCGUCACGGGACAUCGACGAGGGCGAGGAGCUGCUGUACGACUACGGCGACCGCAGCAAGGCGUCAAUCGAUGCCCACCCGUGGCUCAAACACUGACUGCAACACACGGUAACGCCUUCCACACUGUGUUACAAAUAGGAAGGGGCAGGGCCUGAGGGCCUUGUCAAACCUGCGUUGAGUUCCAUCAGCGUUGACAUGACAGACGACGCCAUCUUUGACUUCUAUCACAGGUGGAACAGACAUGCUCUUUUUUUAUUUCUACAUAGACUUUCAUUCUUUUUCUACCAACUCUAACCAUUGCAACGUUCACAUACUCUUAACACUUCCUCCUCUUUUUAUUUCAAGAGUUCGGAUUAUGGUGCAUUCAAUUCAUGAUGAUCCCCUUCUUUAGGUAUUUGUGAAGAUAGAUUUUUAGGAUCAUGUAUGCUAUGAGGAAAAAAUACAAGCUGUGGAGGGGGUUUCCUGUCUUCAAAUCAAAUCAAUAUAAACAAUGAAAAUAGAAUUAAUUUUUAAAAAGUCAAUCACUUAUUCAAUUGCUCAUGAAUUGAUUGUGAAAUCUAAUUAUAACUUAUUCACUGUAUACUAUAAAAUUAGGUAAAAUAUAAUAAUCUGAAAUAAUUAACUCGAAUGAUUUAUUUCAAGACCUAUUUAUCACAGACUACAUGUGUCAUGAAUUAAAUAAUUGUUGGACAUUUUAACAAUUUAAGGUGUAUAUUUAACACAUAGUACAUUUUGGCAACAACAUCCAUAAAAAAACCCAACCCUCUCCAUUAUUAUUAUUUUAUGUAACUGCUGUGACUUGAACGUAAUUGUAAUGACUUGGCAACGUGAUAAAACGAUGGAUAAAAACGACGUGCGUACUAGACGUGCAUUGAAAGUCUUCCCAGCGCUUUUAAACGCCACCAAAUUGUCCCGUUUUUAUGUUAUUGAUGUUAGUAGCAGUUGCGGGACAAAAUAGCCCAAGGGCGUCCAGUGAGUAUUUGAAAGGAGCGUGAUUACAUGAUGGUUAUUGGCAAGAGUAAAGCGAUGACACAAGCUGUAAAGCUAUGCUAUGCUAUGCUAUACUAAGAUAAGCCAAGCCAAGCCAGCCAGCUGUUAGCCAACAAUACAGAAGUCGAACAUGCUUUUUUAUUUUUCUACAUAGCAGGUAUUUCUCCUUGCCACAAAGCCCACUUUUCUACCAAUAUUGUCCUUGAAAGUGCUUAAAAAGAUAUUUGAGUAUAUUAUUGAGUUUCGUGUGGUUGCUACAUGUCUUUUGUUGACUUUAUUUGACAUGGAACUAUUGCAAUAACACCAAACUGCUCCUGUAGCGUUGAAUAAAUCUUAAUGCUGGGGUUUGACAUGAAAUGAAACGACAAUAAUAAAAAAAAAAAAUGCAUAUAAGACCUCAGCUUGCUUCUUCUGCUCUUUUUAUACGUCACAGGACAUGAAAUAUUCUUCUUUAGCCGAAUGAAAUCCUAUA